AUACAAACCGGUGUUUAGUCGAUUUAUGUGGUAUGAAGGUGAACAAAGGACGUUAGACUAAAAUUUAGUGGAAUAGAGUUACUUAUAAUUUAAGUCCAAUUAAUAUUCUAAAUUCAAAAACUUUUUUCGAGGUUGCACGUUAGAAAUUAACAUUUUGUUUCUCCUUGAUAAUAAUAAUAGAACAAAAUGAGUGUGUGCCUAAUCGUAAUCGACGGCUGGGGAAUUUCCGAUCAUAAAAUGGGGAACGCAAUUCUCAAUGCACGUACACCGGUAAUGGAUAAACUUGUAGCUGCUCCAGACCAAUACUGCACUUUAGAUGCUUCUGGGCUAUCGGUAGGCUUACCUGCUGGUUUGAUGGGCAACAGCGAAGUAGGACACAUGAACAUCGGUGCAGGUAGAGUUAUAUAUCAAGACAUUGUAAGAAUCAAUAUGGACGUAGAAACUAAGAAGAUUUAUGAUAAUAAGUAUGUUUUGGAAGCAUGUAAUUAUGCCAAGUCCAACAAUGGGCGACUUCAUUUCUUGGGUUUAGUAAGUGAUGGGGGAGUUCACUCUCAUAUUAACCAUUUGUUUGCCCUACUUGAAGCUGCCAAAUCACAUAAAGUUCCAAACACGUAUAUUCAAUUUUUUUCUGAUGGCCGAGACACAAGCCCAACUAGUGGUGUAACGUAUGUUCAACAGGUUUUGGAUAAAAUCAAAGAACUUGAGUAUGGUUCUUUGGCCACCAUAAUGGGUCGCUACUAUGCGAUGGAUCGGGAUAAGCGUUAUGAGCGUAACAAGAUUGCGUACGAAGGUCUGGUCCAGGGAAUUGGAGAGAAAACAUCACCAGAAGAGGUCAUUGAAGUAAUUAAGAAACGAUAUGAAUCACAAGAAGAUAAACAGACUGAUGAGUUUCUUAAACCUAUUAUUCUUGAUCAGUCUGGAUUAAUCCAAGAUAACGAUACCUUGGUUUUUAUUGAUUUUCGUUCUGACCGCAUGAGACAAAUUGUCGAGGCUUUUGGUCUAGAGAGGCAUUUUGAAACUGACAAAGUAGCUCAGAAUCUAAAUAUUUUUACAAUGACCAAAUACAAGAAGGAAUUCCCAUUUUCCAAUCUCUAUCCUCCAGAAAUACCAAAAAAUGUACUGUCAGAGUGGAUUUCAUGUAAGCAACUACCUCAAUUUCACUGUGCAGAAACAGAGAAGUAUGCCCAUGUUACAUUUUUCUUCAAUGGGGGUCAGGAAAAGGCAUUUCCACUUGAAGAUCGACAAAUGGUUCCAUCUCCCAAGGUUGCAACAUAUGAUCUGCAACCAGAAAUGAGCUGUGAAGGGGUAGCUCAAGAAAUGGUCAAGGCUAUAGAGACUGGUAAAUAUCCAUUUAUUAUGUGUAAUUUUGCUCCUCCUGACAUGGUAGGCCACACUGGUGUUUAUGAAGCUGCUUUAAAAGCAGUAGAAGCUACUGAUAGAGCUAUAGGAAUGAUUCAACAAGCCUGUGAAAAGCAUGGAUUUGUGAUGCUUGUUACAGCUGAUCAUGGGAAUGCAGAAACAAUGAUUGACGAAAAAGGUGGUCCAGUUACUGCACACACAACCAACAGAGUUCCUUUCUGUAUGACAGGAUACCGGAAGUUCAAAAAAAUUGAGCAUAAUGCUGCACUUUGUGAUGUGGCUUCAACUGUCCUUGAUUUAAUGGGACUCGACAUUCCUCCUGAAAUGACUGGACAGUCUCUUCUAGCUUAAUGAUAGGGUUACCUGUAAAAAUGCUUUACUUCUUAGGACUAUUAGCUUUUAUAGGAAAUUUGCUUAUGUAUUUUUUUGCUGGUGACUAUAUAGCAUAUAGGUCACACUGAUUGGUAAUCAUAUUAAUAUAUUCUGUUAAGUAUUUUAUAAUUUUGUGUAUUACUGUAUUUGCCUUUUAUCAGUGAUUUAUAAAUACUUUCAGAACCUAAUACAUUUUGCAUUCCAUGUUAAUUUACAAAUUGAGCAUUUUUUUGUGUAUUCUUUUUUAUUAAUUAUACAAAACCAGUAAUUUUUUCUUUAAAAAAUAUUUUGUAAUUGGCCAUACGUAUAUUUACAUUUGUUUAUUUUGUAUCCCAUGAAUGAUGAUAAAAGUUUUCACUUGUGUUCUUUCAGUUCUGGGCUGAUACAUAGUAUGUUGAAGUCAUUUUUGUGUGUUAAGGAUAUGGUGACUUAAGAAAGAAAUUAAACUAUUGUUCAGGAUGUUAUGAUUCCUAAAAACUGACCAUUUUCAAAAUUUAUAUACACGUGUUAGUUUCUUCACAUUAAUCCAACGGAGAGAGAGAAAUCAGGAUUAUUUUUAUUCUAGCAAAAAUUUUUCCAUAGCAGUGUACACGUGAGCUUAUAACUACAAGUUUAAUGGUUACUAAUAAUGAAUAAUAUAAGUUAUUUUUGUAACAUUUUGGUUUUGUUAUUUAGGGUUACUUAUAUUCAUUGCUCUAUAGAAAAUAGUUUUUUUAAUCACAGAAUGUAACUUAAUGUUUUUACCUUUCAGUGUGUGAAAUUUAGGAUUAGUUAGGACUAGGUUUAUAACUGAAGAUUUAUGAACAAGUUCUCUUUUUUAUAAUAGAGACUAGGCUUCUGGGCUAUUUCUUUAUUUUGAUUCAUUAGACAAUUUCUGCAUAAAAUAUUAUAAACAAAUUUCAAUAAAUAUAUAUAUAUUGAAAAGAAAAGUUUAAAGGAGUAUUCAUUAAAAGUGUUGAAAUAAACACUUCUUUUUUUUUUUCUUUUUAGCUUAUUAGAUGUAAUUGUUUUGUAGUUAUGCAUAGAGUUUUUAGCCAAAGGACAAAGAUGUAGUAAAACAAGUUACAUAUCAUUACAGUAUUUGUAGUACCAAGAACACAAAUAGUUGAAUACAACAAAGAAUGGUUUCAGUUGCAGCCAGUUAAAUCUGAAUUUUGUGAAAUUCCAUAAAAACAAAAUGUUUUGUUUAGGUGGCUUCUUGUUGAUCAUAAACAAUUCGAACAUGUUGUGAAAAAAAAAUGACCAAUUUAUUUAUGGAGUGGCCUUGUAUUUUGACUUGUUCCUUGAUUAUGAAAGUAUUAAAGAAUGAUGAUAUUCAA